UCAAAUCAAAUCAAUCAGUCAUCUUUUUUUGCCGUUGCGGAAGGAGUCUAUGAAGGAGUCGUCUGCCUAUUGCAAAAAAUAUAUUUUAAAAAUAUAAUAUGAUAUGCAAUACGAUAUAUAGUCGGUUAUGGCUGUGAAUGGUUUAAAUGUUUCCAAUCUUGGCUUUUAAUACGAGGUGGAUAUUGUGUGUAGUUUGUCAAAUAAAUGAGCGGGGAAGCGGCUGUCAGUGAUAUUGAUUUAUUUUUCAAAGUUCAAACUUGAGUAGUGGUUUGAGGAUGAAGGGGUGCGUGUGAUGAGUGGGCGGUCGCUCGUGAAGGGAAGGAUCUCGUGGAAAUGCCGGGGAGUGGUAGAAUGAGCGGCCAAGAUGAAGACUAAGAGUUUCCUGCUGUUCUCGACCUCGGUGUUCGCGACCAGUCUGUUCCUGAUAGUGUUCCACUCGCAGCAGCCGCAGUCCAUCCAGAAUAUCGUGUCGCAAACGCACCAGCACAUCAAGGACUUCCAGGUUGUUUCCCCACAGGACAACCUUCGAGAUGUGGAAGAGAACCACUUGGUUGAAGAGGAGCGCUACCUCAAGAUCCUGGGUCUCUCGGGGCAUGUGGAAACCUGGCACAACACAACAGUGCCGGUAAUAGUGACACAUGUCCGGGACGACCCUGCCAUGGCUGUGAGCUUCGUGAGGGCAGCGGCGAGGCUGCCCUACACUAUACUGCUGUACAAUUUAGGAUUAAAACCCAACUCAUUGGCUGUGGUGUCGAGCUACUGCAAUUCCUCACGCUGUGCAGUCAUCGACUUCGACCUGGAGGCUUUCCCUUCCCACGUCAGCGACGAGAGCAUCACAGCAUAUCGCCCGCUCAUCAUACAGCAUGCCUUAUCCCGCGUAGGCGGCGUCAUCUACGCGGAACCUAACCAACGUUGGACGGGCUCCCCAGCCUCUCUCACUGCAUUGUGGACGCGAGCGGCGCACUCUGGCGUCCUGGCGUACCCUAGACGCGCCGCUGUGACGUCAUUCACUCAUCCGCGCAUGUUUCAUUACUUAAACGCGGCGCUUGAUGACUUCCUCUUUGUGCAGAUGUUAGAGCUCACAAGGUUGUUGGUAGCAGACACGCCUGCGGUGAAGGAGGUGAUGCGGCCGUGGGUGCAGUGCGCACUCACGCAGGACUGCAUCAUGCCUAUAGGUGCUCAAGCAGCAGGCGGUUGCCGUUUCGACAAGAAGCCGCAAUACCGCUACUCGGGCUGCCACGGACAAGACGCCUCGGCCCUCAGCAUCAUCCUAGGACUCCGCUCGGGCUUCGAGGAGAGCUCGUACGCCCCGCGAGGGACCGUGGCCUGGAGGCGGGAGGAGCAGGCGAACGCGAGCAGGGCGCUGGCUGCGCUACAGAAAAAUGCCACAGAAGAAGCGAGGACGGACCGUAGUGAGAGGCAGGUUAGCUUGCCACAACAGUAGGGAAUUUAUGUACGUCAAUGCAAUUAUCAAUGCUUAGUUUAUAUUGAAGCUGUGGCCUGGAUAGGAAGAAGCUAACGCGGGCCGUUGGCGCUCCAGAAGAAUGCUAUGGAAAAUGCAAGAACUGAUUAUAGUGAGAGGCAAGUUAGCUCACCGCGACUGUACUAGGAAUUUAGUUUAAAACCCUAAUAAUUUAGAGCUGUGGCCUGAAGCAGAAACACGCUAAUGCUCGUACAUAUGACGUUUGCUAUGUAACCACACUAGAAACUUACAUGCUAGAGUUUAUCAAUGCUUUAGUAAAGAACCCCAUCGGAGCUGCUAAUGUUACUGAAAAAUGCUAUGAAGUCGCGUCGCGGUAUGAAGCGUUUUCGCUACAUACCGGGAAAUCCGUGCUAGGGACGGCUACGACCGUAGCUUAACAGUGAAUUAUUUAAGACUUCUAAUACAUAGGAUCUCAAGGAUGUCCAUAUAAACUUUCUUUAAAAUUCUCCUCUUGACGCUAUACUGUGCAUGUAACAUCACAUUAUUAAUUUAUCAUAUUAUAAUCGAAAUAUUAGCAAUAUUAUCUCUCUACACAGCGUACGGCGUCAACGGGAGGGUUAGUGAAAACUCCUUUUAGACUGCGUUUCCACCAGAGAUGUGCGAGGAUGCGUAGCGAGGGAUGUGUUUGUUAACCCUUUGACCGCCGUUGGCAUGUAUACAAGACAACGAUAGAACGAUACACUGGCGCCGCUGUCUUGUAUACAAGACACAAAUUCAACCGCUCGGUAAAUGUGAAAAAACAUCAAUUGUAGUAUUUUUUUACACUCGUGUUAAUGUUUUAGGUCUUUGAUUUUUAAAAUAAUUGCAUUUAAAGCAGAUAAAUAAAUCCAUUCUUUUAUAAUAAGGCAAUCAAAAAAAUUGCUCCAGAUUUCAACGUUUUUCAUGUUCCUCGUCGCCGUUGUCUUGUAUACAAGACAGCUAGGGAUGGGAAUGUUAACUCGAUAUGAGAAUAUUAGAGAUGCAACGGAUAGUUGUUUGGCCGGAUACUGGAUAUUUGGCCUGACCAUCGGCCGAAUAUCCGGUAUCCGGCCGCCGAAUAUCGGCCAGCAGAGCUGCACCUACAUUUCGGUUUUUCAGGUGCGCAUUCUGCAGUUUUGACCUGUUUCUAAGUGAACGUUCGCGCGGACACAUUUCUAGGUUCGAAAUCAGUGCGCGUGCAAGUCAGUUGAAUCUCUAAAUUGUUUUAAAAUAAUAAACAUGUACGAUUAUGACCGUGACUGUUUCUUAAAUCCAAUUUGUUUACUCCGAAAUCAAGCAAUGGUACUAUCCGGUAUUCGGCCGGAAGUAGGGCACUAUCCGGUAUCCGGCCGGAUAUUAAAAUACUGGCCGGAUAGGGCGGAUACCGGAUAGUAACCGAAUAUCCGGUGCAUCUCUAGAGAAUAUUCAAAAUAAAUAUCAAGUGUCCAAUCUGGUUUUAUUUAAGCAUUUGAUUUGAACACCUGUUAAAUGCCAAUUGGUGAUAACUAGUAACUAGAAUACGUUAAACGAGAGAGAGACAGGCAUAACUAUAGCUGGAGUUCAGGGAACUUGUUCAGCUGUCCAUAGUAGAGUCAGACAAGUAAAUCUGUCCUUGUGGUCUAUUUGCAGAACAAAUGAUUCAUUUUGAGAUGAUAGUGUAGUGGGGAGUGAUACCCUGCAGUGACCGCUUCGCUUCGCUUCGCUUCUACAGGCGGACGCUCGGACUAGUCAGUGUCGCCUAACUAUGAGAAUGUUAUGUAUUUGAAAUUGACGAAAAAUUAUUAUGGUAGGGAUGGGAGGGGGUAUGGGAGGGUGUAAUACGGGAACUGACAAGCUCUUCUAAGGAACAUGUCGAAUGUGAAACAUGCAUUCCCGAACAUUUCUGAUCCCCACCCUUUUCCAAUAUUAUUAUUCUUCACUCAUUGACAAUUAAACCCACGUGUCAUUUUCCCCAAUGCAGUUCCGGUACAUUUAUAUUAUCGACACACGAUGCGCGGCUCUAACCAUACGCUUAUAAAGUUUACGUACCGACAAGCGCUUACGCCGUUGACCUAGAGACUAUUAUUACUUAAUCCGCGCGGAAACGGUCCUUGUCGGUCUGCACUGCGGGCAGUCCAUGCGCGCCGUUGUCAUGUAUACAAGACUUCUCGUAGAGCCUAGUGCGGUGAUAUUCCGUCAUGAAUCGAUAUUGUUUAGUGGUUGUUUUUAAUGAUAAAGACCUUUAUUUUUAACAUUGUCGUGUGUAAAAAAUAUGUAAAUUUUUGGCAUUCUCGAAAUAAAUUACAGUUGGUUAAGAACAAAGCCAAAUUGAGAAGAUUUUUACUAUAAAUUGUAAAUAUCGAUAUCACAUUUUGCAAUCCCUAAACUUUUUAUUAGUUGUUUACUUAGAAUUUACUCUGGCGUGUGAGUGAGCGUCUUUGCGGACUAGGUCCGGCGGCCAAAAGGUUAAGAGCCAAUUGAAUCACUUCAAUUCCUAUAUCCUCGCUCAGAGCAGAUCUAGUGACGCUACGCACCCUCGCACAUCUCUGGUGGAAACGCAGACUAAAUGGAGCUUUCUCUAAACCUGGCGUUUAUUCUUGAAGUGAUAAUCUUUAUUAGUUAUUUUUUGUACUAACAGCAACAUUCUUAACUGACCUUUGGUUGCAAUAAAGUGCACCUUAUCUCGUCGCAAUAAGGUGCUCGAAAGGUUAGUUAACUGUGGGAACGAUGCAACACUAAUCGGGAAAAUAAAAUAUUGUAGGGAGUUAAAACUACGGUCAGGGAAUUUCUAUUGAAAAACAUCAGGCGGUCAAAUACACCUGACGCAUAAGGCUGUGACGGAAUAGCUACGGAAAACUUAAACGUACAUGUUUCUUUUCUUCGUCUGUUUCAUAUGGAUUUUUGAGCGCGCUGUAUACAUUAGAAAAUUUAUUGGCGUUUUCAAGUUUCCGCGGCAGAUACCUGUUUCCAAGGCUGUAAAUUCGACUCUCAAAUUUUGAAAUUGAUAUGAUAGUACAGUCAUUAUAGAUUUUGA